CCGACAACUCGCCGCUGUUUGCUCCGUCCACGCGCGCAGCAAGCGGCGCGGUGGUUUUCAACGCCCCUGGCUGUAAGAAGAAUCAACAGGCCGGCGCUAGUAAAAAAGCAGCGCUGCCCUGUGCCUCCUACGUGCUCCCAUUCACGGAGAAAGAGAGUCUCAAGCAAUCAAAGUCUUCCAAGCUGCAGCCGGGCAGUGCUAGUAAUAGUGCAGGCAAUACUAAAAAUCAUUCGUACACCAGUACUAGUGCAUCGAAAAUGACGAGGUGUACGAAUAAGGAAGACGACAAAUCUGCUCCCGUUCUUGCAACUACCAGCACUGAAGACGCAGCUCCAGCAGCGGGCGUUUCUUCAAAACAAGCAGAAGCAAGCAAAAAAGACUCCUCCUCCAACUCCAAGCACUGGACGCCGUCGCAUCGUCCACACUCUCGCGGACUACGAUAUGACAGGGCACAACUCCCCCGCCCCCUAAAGAUUUAGCAUGCAAAACUCCAAACCCAAGUGCUUUCCUGUGGCACUGUUUGCAUGACAGAUUCCGGAAGCCCAAACAGUACUACGCUACGCGUAUGAAUUUGUCACGCACAGGCUCCACGUGUGCUGGUGUUUGUGUUGCUGUUCAUGCAACACGAGUGAGGGGGAGGGGGGGUUGGGCCCUCUCAUAUAUGACACUCGCGACGCAGGAGGCGAGACGAGGGUCCCGGCGAGAAUGUGCCGGAUUUUCGCGAAUUUCUCGCCCAAAAUUUUCAACACAGCGCUCACAAUGACAAAACAAGCGUCGCUUCUGUUCAACAUCCGAUAUUUCAGUCUGGUUCUGGUAGCUCUGGCCCCUCUGCGAGCGCUAGUCGAGGAGGUAGUGCGGGAGCAGGGACGAGAGGCCUCCACGAAGAUGACACAAACGACCUGCAGCAAGACGAGAAGAAGGGGCCAAACACGUAUGGCAAUUACCGAGAUCGAGGCGGAGGCGGAGGCGAAUGUGAACGGUGUAAAAAUUAUGGUGCUCCUCCUGAUGGUUCUGCAGCCCCCAAGAAGACCACGAAGGCCGGACGGAUCGACCCGCGAGGCGCCAACGAUCUCUCCCUGCGUGUAAUGUCCUUAACCAAGAAAGCCGCAACGAGAACGACGGCAACAUCUUCAACCUCAUACAUCACCAACUGCAAAGCCACUACGUCUUCUACUUCGGGAAUGACGCAACUGAAUCAAGCCCAGGAAUUUCCUCCUUCCUGCAACGCUGGUGCACCUGUGCCUCCUAGUAGUUCAUGUUCUGCUCCUCGUCCGUCAGGAAGUAGAGCCCCUAGCAGCGUCUGGACCGUAACCCCGCCGGGCUCGCGCGGCGGAAGUUCCCGCAGCGCAAGACGACCAGCGCCCCGCGCGGUUGAUCUGAAAAUAGCCGAGAGCUGUACAGCCGUAUUGGGGGCCGCGGGUGAGGACUCCGGGACGACCACGAAUAGUAGUUCAUCUACGGGACGAGCAGGUGCAGGCGGAAGUGCUAGCGCAAAGCAGGUUGAUAGGCGGAACCGAGCAGGUGGCACCAGUGGCGUCGCCGACGGUGGUGCCUCGUGUGCUCUAAUCGAGAGCGCUGUUUUGCGAACAGGCGUGUAAAAAGAUGAAGGAAUGCCAUACUUAUGCAGGCGAUCCACUUCUGACUUGCCCGACCUGGGGCAUCAAAGUCGUCGUGCCGUAAUGAGAUUGCUAUGGCUACUACAUGCAUUCACGCAAUUGCAGCAGUUGCCACUACACCCGAACAACUAUUGAACUUAGUGAUUUCACAUCCAUAUGCGUAUGUAAGAUAGCUCGAUUUGUUGACAUAAUCAUAAAUCAAAUUGUUGAGCCAAGUAUAAUCUUCAAGUUUCCGCAUGUAUCUGCAGUUGUAACGUACGAGCAUUAUGUAUCAACCUUUUAGUGAUCAAACGGUUCAUCACCUACUACAGUCGAGUUUCAUAUAACUUUAACUGCGCGGCCGUCUACGUCGUAGCAGAAUCUUCCCAGCCGCAGGACCAUCAUGUAGUGAGCGUCCAGUCGUCCUCGCACAUGCACAUACGUGAGUCACGAACCGAUUUUAUGCAGCAUUUAGUUUCGGAACUUCAACUUCUUGUUCCUCACGUUGAGUACCUGAAGUAGACGAG